UUAUGUUGUUUUCGUUUUUUUGUGUUUUUUUUUGGUUUUGUUUUUUUUUGGUUUUCUGUUUUCUGGAGCAGCAUAUGUGAUCUCAUGUUUUAUAACACUUUGUUACAACUUUAACGAAAAUUACAUUGUUUUCUUUUUGUUUUUGUAAGAAAGCAAAGAAAUUUUUUUGCAAAUAUAAUAUUAUAAAACAAAGUGAUCUUCAGCUUGUACAUGCGCUUAUUUAAUAAAAGAUUUGCUUACGAUUAUCUUCAAUAUGUGCGUGUAUAGUGGCAUAUAUAUACAUAUAUGUACGUAGAUAGAUGUGUGUGUGUAUAUAUGUGUAUGUAAAUAAUUGAUAAGCUUACUGAAGUGAAUAUUUUAUGCGAAUAUUGCAUUCAGGGCCCACAUUUAUCUUCUGCAAAAGGAAUAAUUAAAUAGGAAAAAAAAAAAAAUAAGAAAAAUUAAAAUUUAAUUCGAAAUGGAAACAAUCAUACUUUCCUCCACAUAGUAUCGAACGUCGUGUGUACGAAUACAAACUUAAAAACGAAGAACUCGUGCAAAUUUAACACAAGUGUAAGCGAAAAGUGUUAAUAAAAAGAAAAAACUUUCGAAAUUGAAAAUAAAAAAAAAAAAAAAAAAAACGAAAAUUUAUUGCAUGUGUGCUUAGAUUAUUACGGCUCAACUUGUAAGCCCUUCAACGAAAAAGUGUAGACAAAGGAGAAAAGCAGUUGUUAGUUAUCUUAUCUAGUCCCUCUAAUUAUUUUCAUUUUUAUUUUAAUUUGUUUUUUUUUUUUUUUUUGGUGUUCUUUAAAAGCAACAACAACAACAAUCGAUCUUUAGGGCAAAAGUUGUUUGUUUCAGCCGAAGUGAAAAAGUUGAUUUGCGCGUGUGUUUCCAUUUUCAAUAAUAAAGCUUUUGAAUGGUUUCUGAGGACGGUAAUUGGAACAGUAGUGAUACCAUGUCCGAUGCGGACAUGCACGAUUCAAAGAAUGAUGUAUGCGGCGGCGCAUCCAGUUCAAGCGGCAGUUCGAGUACGCCGCGUACUAAGCCCAAUUGCGCGCGCUGUCACAAUCAUGGUGUAAAGAUCAAAUUAAAAGGUCAUAAACGCUAUUGCAAAUAUCGUUUUUGUGAUUGUGAGAAAUGCCGGUUAACGGCCGAUCGUCAACGUGUUAUGGCAUUGCAAACAGCUUUACGGCGGGCGCAACAACAAGACGAGCAACGGCGUUUGGAAAUGCAUGAAGUGCCACCGGUUGUGCAUCCGCCUACGGCUUUAUUAAAUCAUCAUCAUCAUCAUUUACAAAAUUUGAAUCAACAGUUACACCAUCACCAUCAUCAUCCACAUUUAGUGGAUCCGACAUCGAUAGCUGCGGUAACUGGUAUGGGAUUGAUGCCUGUUCAUCAUGCUGCCGCGGCUGCGGCUGCGACAAUUUCUACAAUACGCUCACCGCCACAUAAUGAGCAUAACGGUGCUGGCAACAAUUCAGCAAGCAGUAGUGGUGGUGGUGGCGGUGGCGGUGGCGGUGGUGGUGGUGGUACUACCUCAUCCGGUAGUGCUGUCAACUCGCUAAGAGUUAGCAGCUCUAUCGUAACUGCUCUGCCGCCUCAUCAUACGCCACCCGAUCAUCAACAUCAACAUCAGCAUCAGCAGCAUCAUCAUCAUCAUCAUCAACACCAUCAUCAACAUCAGCAACAUCAUCAUCCGCCCGCACACUCUCAUCCACAUUUGGUAAACGUUUCGCAAACGGCCCAAUCUGUGGAUAGUUCUUGCGAUUCAUCUUCGCCGUCGCCAUCCUCAACAACGGGUGCGCCCGUUAAUCGCAAAUCUACUCCGACUACUUUUGAUCAGAAUGGCUUUGAAAUGCCAAUAGAAAUAAUAUCAAAUUCGCAGAAAUUAAUUGAGAAAUUCGGUUAUCCAUGGGAAAUGAUGCCAUUAAUGUAUGUAAUCCUUAAAGAUACCAGUGGCGAUAUCGAUGAAGCAUCGAAACGCAUUGAAGAGGGACAACAUGUUGUUAACGAAUACUCACGUCAGUACAAUUUGAAUAUGUAUGACGGCUGUGAGUUGCGUUGCGCCACAAGACAGUGUGGUUGAUAAGAAAACCUCAUAUGAGAAUGAAUAUUGAAUCUUCUAUCAACACGGGCAACUAAUUUGAAAGUUUUCCAAUUUUUUUUUUUUUCAUUUUAAUUAACCAAAAAGAAAACAAGGGGGAAAAUGGAAAAUGUUUUCUUUAAUCAAAGUAAAAAUAACAAAAAAUAAAUAAAUAAAUUAAAAAAAAAAAAAAACCUGAAUUGUUGUGAAAUUUGAAUUCGAAUCUCUCUCAAGGUGCUUCUCUUAAUAUUCAAAAAUAAUCGCGUAUCUUAGAAAAAUCUUAGAAAACAAUUAUUAAUAAUUAUUGUUAAUUAUUAUUCGGGCAAAGAAAAAGACAUAAUUUUUUUUUUUUUUUUGUUUUCAAAUACAAAUCAAAAUCAAUGAAAUGCAAAAUAUUUGAAUUUAUUUAAAUCAUCAAUCAACUUACCGUAAGCAUGGAUCAAGCGAUCGAGGGAUCAAGGAGAACAAGGCCAUAUCGUAUCUAAAGUCGUUUUAAUUAACUUAACAACAAUCAACUUUCCAUGAUCCUGAUUUUGACAGAAGGCUAAACGAAUUCAAUCCGUUUUUCUUCAAUCAACUUAUCCACAGAUGUCAUAUAAAAUUUAUUUAAGCGUAUCGCAUGGUAUUGAGAGAGGAAACAAUAUCAGUAUGAAUAUCACGAUCAACAUUACAACUCACUCAGCAAUAUCACAUUUCUUUUUCUUCAAUCAACUUUCCAAGGUCAUCAGGCAGUUACAUAAAAAAUCUUAUUAUCGUUUAAAUAAAUGCAGCAACACAGACACACAAAUACGAAAAGCAAUGCUUACCCUCGCCAGAGAGUUUAUAGCUGUCAACUAUCGCGCGCAUAUACCCGUCUUACCAUAUCGUAACUGUUUGACUCAUUUAAUGUCGAAUCUAUUUACUCUUAUGUAUUUCAUUUUUUUUCUUAUGUAUGUUUACAUUUAUACAACAAAAAAAAAACCAAAAGAUUUCAUUGCGUUAAUUGGUGGCUUUAAGUUAUUUAUCAUAGAUAAUCCGGUAUUCAUUUGUAAUUUUUUUUACUUUUUUUUCAUUUUACCUUUUGUUUUUAUUCUAUACCCACCACCGAGAUAUGUAGGUAUACUAGAUUUGUCUUUUCUUUGGUAACAUUCAUCUAAGAGAACCCUAUCAUAUCAGCCCAAGAUAGCAGAUUGUUGUUGAUAUUGAGACGGAAGAUUAAGCUCAGCAAUUCUGGUCUUAAUUGACGGUCAAACGAUGAGUACGAGUCUGAAAAGCCUAUAAAGGUCUGUAAAUCACAAGUUUUACGAAGACCAUUUCAAAUUUCAUCACAAAUGUGGGUGUGGUUGUUUUGAAAACACACCCUCAAUCAACAGGGAACUGUACUUAACAAUUCAUACCAGAAACUGAUUUAGAAUUUUGUGUACACAAAAGGAGUGAAUUGGGCAAGACGAGUUAGUGGUUUUUUUCUUACAGCUCUAUCAUCUCAAAAGAUGUGAAUCUAUUGAUUUUGUCUUCUCCUUUGAAGUUUCUACAAAUUGUUUCAUUUUAUUGAGAUGUUGUUUACUUAAAUUGCUUCAUAAAAAAGGGCUAUCGCUACAAGUAUUUUCCAUUGUUAGCUAUGAGCUCGCACCCUCUCCCCACCCCGCGCUUCGUACCUCUUUCUCUCAAUAUUUCAUUUGCAAGCCGUCUGCCUUUUGAGUCUACUUAAGAGACGACUUGCAUUUUGCCAUCUUCGUAAGAAAAGAAGUUCUGCUCAGUCAAGCCGUGGACUAACUAUAAAAACAAGCGGUAGUUUCAGAAGACGAUACCCGGUGAAUGUAGCGACUGGCCAAAGACUUCCUAUACAAAACUUUUCGAGCAGAUCUUGCACACGUUUCGGCCCAUAUGGCCGAGCAUUGUCGAACUGCAAAAUAACUAUCCUCUACCUUUGCUCGGAUAAGGGCCCUUUAUGCUUCAACACCUGGCUCAAACGCAUUCAUUGAUGCCCGCAAUAAUUUCUCCUGCGGUAGUGUUGUUCGAUUUGAGUAACAUAAAAGAGAAAGGACAGCCAGCUUAUGUGGAGCAGAAGCUUGAAAUCAUUGGUUGUCGUAAAGAUUGUCGUAAGUCUUUGCAAGAAUAUUGCAUGCUUCAAAUGCAAAAUUUUUCUUAAAUAAACUAAUGCAGUGAAAUUUAAUUCAAUGUCCUAAUAAAAUGUAGUGUAUAGAGAUUUCUGAAAAGCUUAUGGAUUUGCUUCGACUUAGUCAGGUAAUGUAUGCCUCCACUAAGCUGCGGCCGCUCCCUGUCUCUUUCUCUUUUCUUUGGAUUCUUACCCCUCUUGCCAGCAUUAAACUUCAAGCAAAAAACUUGUAAUUGCUUCUCUGCCCUCUACAUAUACAAUCAAAAAAUGAAACACAAAAUUUUAAUCGAAAAUAUUUUUGAUUUUAAUUUAAUCCAUGCCGUGAUGGGCAAAAUCCUGCUAAUCGCGUAGUUUUUGUAAAAUCAAUAAAACCUACAACCGCACUAAAACGAUGCGAGUAAUCAAGUAGUCUUUCAAAGCGUAGAUCCUAUAAUCUUGGUCACUAGUGCUUUUUAUUCCUAUUUCUUUGAUUGAUGGAUUACAGUAAUAGCAAUAACAUCAAUAAUAAUACUAAUAACGUUCCCAUACAGCCAUUUAAAUGUUCAAUGCUACUCUAGUCUACCGAGCCAUGAAAACGCGGAUGGACUUUAAAAAAGCUCGAACUUGUCAUUUUUUCACCCAUUCAGUCGUGAAGCGGUAAUGAGGCUAGACUUUUUGACUUUUCAAUUCCUUUUCUUUUUUUUAUGAAUAUUAGUUUGAGGUGGAGGGUAUCGAAAAUUCGCUUCAGAAGCGAAUAUUUUUUCAUAUUUUACUUUGAAAAUGUCAUUUGGUUAAGAAACCUGCAAAUUAAUUAAUUAAUUAUAAUAGUUCGUAAUUACUUUAAUUGUAAAUUUUGUACUUAAUAGCUAUCUUUAGGCAAAAGAAAAGGACCUGAACAUUUAUUUUGCUGUUUUUUUUUUGGCAUAGAAUUAAGGAAAUAUUUUUUUU